AUGGCUUCUGGAAACACAGAUAAGCUUAGCCUCCGCUCCCACGAUGGCAAUGUUGUUCAAAUUAGCCGCACGGCUGCCCGUUUAUCUGAGGUCCUUUCGGACAUGAUGAACGAUGUCGGCGAGGAGGGUACCACUGAAGUCCCUAUCUCCGUAGUUAGCUCACCGACCUUGAAUAUCGUCGUUGAAUGGUGCGAGGCCACGGCCGUAAAGAAAGCUCAGGAAGAGGCGAGAAAUGAAGCAGAGAGGAUUGCAAAAGAGAAUCGUCGAAAUGCGCGAAAGGAGGCCCGAGAAGCACGUGAAGCGGAUCGAUUGCAGCGCGAGGCCCAAGGUGAGGAGGUCGGACCCCCGGAGCCAGCCAACGAUGACUCGGAGAGCGACCAUGAACCCAUCGUGUCCACUGUCUAUGAAAAGCCCGCCACCGUGAUUCCCGCAUGGGACAAGGCGUUCCUAGGUAGGCUCACUAAAGACCAGCUGUUCGACCUAAUCGUAGCCGCGAACUUCUUCGAUAUCAAUGGGCUCUUCGACUACUGCGCCAAGUCGAUUGCGACGACCGUCGAGGAAAUGUCGACUGAGCAGAUGCGUGAGUACUUCGGAGUUGAAAACGACUUUACCCCGGAGGAAGAGGAACAGCUUCGGAUGAAAGACGAACCAAUCAGCAUAUUCACUAUGCCUUAA